AAACCCUGAGAAAGCUUCUUUGUCGUCUUGUAAGCAGAGUAUCACACUUUUUUUCUCCGGCGGAACAAAAACAAAAUCUCCUCGAAAUUGAUUCUGAUCUCAAUUGAUUGAAGGAAGGAGGAACUAAUGUAUUCGCUUUCGAGGGUUCUCCGAAGGAGUCGGAGUUAUAACUUUGCAUCCACUACUACGUUUAGUGGCCCGGUUAGUAAAUUAGAAGUAUCAAGUUGUGGUGAUAAAGAAAGGGUCUUUAGAUCAACUGGAUUGAUUUGUAAUAAUAAAUCUCAAGGUUUAGUGAGACUCUAUUCCACAAGAGAUGUGUUUUCACGCUUCUUUGGCAUCCAUAAGCUUUCUUCUAUAGCUGAUGAUGCUAAAGAAGACAAAGGAGAUGAGGAUGUUGCUGUAAGGGAAGAGGAUUUGUCUGGAUCAGAGGAGGUGAUUCCUGUUUCUGGGGAUGUAACAGAGGGAGUUGUUGUUGAUGUUGAUUCUUUAUCCGAGUCUGAGCUUGGUAGUGGUGUUGAUGAUGCGUCUGAAAAUGAUCUUGGAAUUGAAGUGGAGCAUUCAGAUGAUGGGAAGAGAGCAAAAAAAAGAGUGAGCUCUGAGCUGUAUGAAUCUAUUGUUUCCUAUAAAUCUGUGAAACAUGUUCUUGAAAAAUGGGUCAAAGAAGGUAAAGAUUUGAGUCAAGCUGAGGUUUCUCAUGCUAUACACAAUCUGCGUAAGCGCAGAUCCUUUGCUAUGGGUUUGCAGCUGUGGGAGUGGUUGCGAGCUAAUAAGCAAUUUGAGUUCACAGAGGCAAAUUAUGCUUCUCAACUGGAUUUGGUGUCCAAAGUACAUGGUCUACAAAAAGCCGAAAACUUUUUGAAGGAUAUUCCUGAAUCUUUCAGGGGAGAAGUAGUUUACAGAACCCUGCUGGCUAAUUGUGUGCUUAAGCACCAUGUGAACAAAGCUGAAGAUCUUUUUAGCAAAAUGAGAGAACUAAAAUUUCCAACAAGCGUGUUUGCUUGCAACCAGUUGCUUCUCCUCUACAGUAUGCAUGAUAGGAAGAAGAUAGCUGAUGUUUUGUUACUCAUGGAGAAAGAAAACAUCAAGCCGAGUCGCGGUACUUAUCAGUUUUUAAUCAAUAGUAAAGGUUUAGCCGGGGACAUAACUGGAAUGGAGAAGAUCGUGGAGACAAUGAAAGAAGAAGGUAUUGAGCUAGAUCCAGAACUACAGUCUAGCCUUGCUAAGUACUACAUAAGAGCGGGGCGUAAAGAGCGAGCUCGAGAAGUUAUGAAGGAAAUAGAAGGGAAAGGCUUGAAACAAACUCCAUGGGUGUGCCGUUCAUUACUCCCUCUUUAUGCAGACAUAGGAGACACUGACAAUGUGAGAAGAUUGAGUAGGUUUGUUGAUGAAAAUCCAAGAUAUGAUAAUUGUAUUUCUGCCAUUAAAGCAUGGGGAAAGCUGAAGGAAAUAGAAGAAGCAGAGGCGGUGUUUGAGAGACUUGUGAAGAAGUACAACAUUUUCCCUAUGCUACCGUAUUUUGCCCUCAUGGAGAUAUACACAGAGAACAAGAUGCUAGCGAAAGGUAAAGAUCUGGUUAAAAGAAUGGGAAAUGCAGGAAUUAAGAUUGGCCCUUCGACAUGGCACGCGCUUGUGAAGCUCUACGUCAAAGCAGGAGAAGUUGGGAAAGCUGAACUGAUAUUAAAGAGAGCGACAAAGGAUAACAAGAUGAGACCUAUGUUCAUUUCCUACAUGGUGAUUCUUGAGGAGUACUCAAAAAGAGGGGAUGUUCAUAACGCGGAGAAGGUUUUCCUGAGGAUGAAAAGUGCAGGCUAUGCAGCUCAGCUUAUGCAGUAUGAAACCGUUCUCAUGGCUUAUAUAAACGCCAAAACUCCUGCAUAUGGGAUGAUUCAGAGGAUGAAGGCAGAUAAUGUGUUCCCUAAUAAGACUCUUGCUGCGAAACUGGCUCGUGGUAAUCCGUUUAGUAAGAGUCCAGUGUCUGUUUUACUUGACGAAUGAUCAUAAUCAUCUUGUGUAUUGAGAUGCUAAGUUUUUGUUCUGACUGCUGCUAUUACUAAGCUAGGAAAUAAGAAGAAACAGAGUAUUCUUUUUCAGUCAAAUCAAAUUUCUCACUUUUGAGUCUUUUUGUAGUCUCAUGUGGGUACAAGUGACAUGCUAAAAACACAAAAAGACUAUGAUAAAGCUGCAGCAAGUGUAUUUCAGGGGGAGGAAGAGUAUCUUUAGAUUUUGUUCAUCCGUACACAUGUUUCUAGUACAAUCUCAAUUCCAACUUGUAUCCCCGCAAAA